AUUUAGGAGCUGCCUUUGGUACUGCUAAGAGUGGUGUAGGUGUAUGCAGUGUCGGAGUAAUGAGACCAGAUUUAAUUAUGAAAUCCAUUUUACCUGUGGUUAUGGCUGGUGUUCUUGGUAUUUAUGGAAUUAUUAUGUCCAUUUUGAUAUAUGGAAAAAUGACACCAGCUGAGGGCUAUUCCACUUUUGCUGGUUAUGCCCAUUUAUCCUCAGGAUUAAUAGUAGGAUUAAGUUCAUUGGCUGCUGGUUUAGCUAUUGGUAUAGUUGGAGAUGCAGGUGUAAGAGCAAAUGCACAACAAAAUAGAUUAUUUAUUGGUAUGAUUUUGAUUCUUGUUUUUUCUGAAACCUUAGCUUUAUAUGGUUUAAUUAUUGGUAUAUACAUCUCCAUUGCAGAAACACCAAAAUUAUGUACACCCUAUAAUGUGUAA